CUUCCUGGUAGCCUGGGCGCCAUGGCGCUGCGCUGGUUGCAGCGAGUUGAGCUCGCGCUGUUUGCUGCCGCCUUCCUGUGCGGGGCCGUGGCUGCCGCGGCACUGACUAGGACCCAGGGCUCCUUCGGUGGUAGCUGUCCCUUGUAUGGUGUGGCUGUCCUCAAUGGCUCCUCUCUGGUCUUGUCAAGUCCCUCAGCCUCUUCCCUCUGCUACUUUGUAGCUGGGGCUUCAGGCCUCUUGGCCCUCUACUGCCUUCUGCUUCUCCUCUUCUGGGUCUACAGCAGCUGCAUCGAGGACUCUCACAGAGGCUCUAUAGGGCUCCGAAUUGCGUUGGCCAUCUCAGCUACAGCCGUCUUCCUGGUCUUAGUGUCUGCCUGUAUACUUCGAUUUGGCACCAAUUCUCUCUGCAAUUCCAUCAUCUCCUUAAACCAUACAAUUAGCUGCUCUGAAGCCCAGAAAAUCUCAUGGACACCCCCCGGAACUGCUGUGCAGUUUUACUCCAAUCUACAAAACGCUGAAACCUCUUCUUGGGUGAAUCUGGUAUUGUGGUGUCUGGUCUUGAUGCUCCAGGUCAUGCAGUGCAAGUCUGAAGCCGCCCCAUACCGGCCUCAGGAGAGGGGUGACCCAGAGUGGAGCUCUGAGACUGAUGCUCUUGUUGGGCAACGCCUGUCUCACACCUGAAGAAUACUUGAGUGCUUUCUGAAGCCAGAACCUCCAAGCCCAAGUGCUUUUAAUCUUGCCUCACUCAAUGCAGCCCUGUUGAUACUGAGAAUCGGGUUUCCCUCCAGGAGGGAAACAUUAGAAUAGGCCCCUCUGCCUUUUCACCUAACAUUUUUUUGUACCAAAAUAAUAUAUUACUUUUCUUCAUCGUG